AUGGCAGUCCGCGAUGCCAUAGUGGAGCUUGCCGGCACACUUGAUGGCGUCUUCAUUGUCGUGGAUGGACUUGACGAGUGCAGCUCGCUCGGCGACAACGAGUUCGAGAUGCUCUGCCAAUUCAUUGCUUCUCUUGGGAGCAAGGACCUCUCUGGUGCAUACCGGGUUUCAUUAGAGCGCAUCAUCUCCCAGGACGAAUCAUCCGACUCCUUAGAUCUCCGGGCACUUCUCUGGGUAGCAAACUCUGUCCGGAGACUAUCCAGGGAGGAAUUUCAUGAAGCCCUCAUUAUCGAAGAGGGGAUGGAGGAGGUCACCGAUGGCGACCGGCUGGGCGCAGACUUCUCAAUGGUUGAACAAUGCGCAGACCUCCUCAUCCUUAGAGACAACUCUUACGAGCUCGUCCACAGCUCCCUCGGGGAGUACCUUCGGUCACUACUGGAAACGUGA